CAUGAAGCAUUUGCAUGAGCGUCAUGUUUUUUUGUCGUAUUUUUCCUAUGUGGUUUUCUUUUCGUCCCAUCUUGCCUCUACAUGAAUUACCGUCAGCUUCUGGUUUGCAUUAUAUUGAGCUGGCUCAGUUCACAAGCCGCUGUUACUGGUCUGUCUUGGUGUAUAUUAGAGCCGAGCAAGGAUGAUGCAUCAUGGAUUACAGUCGAUUUGCCCUUUGUUCCAUGUGGCUAUUGGCGUUGUUUUGUAUAUUUGUCCCCAAGUUGUUGCAUGGCACCUUAUAAUGUAAUUCCUCAUGUCAUGUAGGUCUAGAGCUAGACCUCGUGCACGUAGCAUAUAAUCUAC